ACUCUGUCCGCGAGCUGCCUCGGCGGAGCGAGGGCGCGCGCGCUCUGCGAAAAGCGCGCGGGUGCAGAGGCGGGAGUGAGGGAGUGGGGAGUGUGGGAGAGUGUGUGAGUUAGGUGUUAUCUACAGGUGAUUCAGUGGUCUGCAAACUCGAGGAAGACUGUGACAAACCGUCAACUCCAGGAGUACCAACGAUCGGGGUCUGCGCACGGCGUCGUCGCCUGUCCGAGCGUGUGACGGACAGACGCCGUCCUGGUCCGUGACGUAACCUGUCACUUUUCGUGACGGAAGCUGUCACGAUGAAGGGUGCCGUACUGCUGGAGGAUGGCAGCCGAUUCGAGGGGGAGCUGUUCGGCUCCCUGGAGCCAACCUCCGGCGAAAUCGUGUUCCAGACGGGCAUGGUGGGCUAUCCGGAGUCGCUGACCGACCCGUCGUACCGCUCCCAAAUUCUGCUGCUCACCUACCCCCUGAUCGGCAACUACGGCGUUCCCGGCGGCGACACGGACGAGCAUGGCAUUCCCAGGUUUUUUGAGUCGCACCGGAUCUGGCCGUCUGGUCUGGUGGUUGGUGAACUGUGCACCUCUCCAAGUCACUGGAACAGCCGACAGACACUCGACCAGUGGAUGAAGGAACAGGGUGUCACCGGAAUCACGGGAAUCGACACGCGUCAGCUAACCAAACAACUGCGCGAGAAGGGAACGAUGCUGGGAAAGAUCGUUCCCGAGGGCACGGAACCGGCUUCUGUGCCCCAGGAUGACCCCAGCACUCGUAACCUGGUGGCCGAAGUCUCUGUCAAGGAGCCUGUUUCGUAUAACGCUGGUGGCACCCCCUACAUCUGUGCCGUCGACUGCGGCCUCAAGUACAACCAACUGCGCUGUCUGCUGAAGCGAGGGGCCAGGGUGGACCUGGUGCCUUGGGAUCAGCCGCUCGACCUCAACAAGUACGACGGCUUCUUCGUCAGCAACGGACCAGGCGACCCCGUGAAAUGCGCCACCACCGUGUCAAACCUGCGUGACCUGAUGGCGUCCCAGGCCGGCUCCAAGCACGCCAAGCCCAUCUUCGGGAUCUGCUUGGGCCACCAGCUACUGGCCACCGCUGCUGGCGGGCACACCUUCAAAAUGAGCUACGGCAACCGCGGUCACAACCAGCCGUGCACGCACCACGGCACGGGUCGCUGCUUCAUCACCUCGCAGAACCAUGGUUACGCUGUGGACGCCAGCUCGGUACCGGCCGACUGGGAACCCCUCUUCACCAACACAAACGACAAAACCAACGAGGGACUGCUGCACAAGUCGCAGCCGUUCUUCAGCGUCCAGUUCCACCCGGAGCACAGUGCCGGGCCGGAGGACCUGGAGGGCCUCUUUGACGUGUUUCUGGAGGCGGUCCGUCGCUCGGCGGCCGGGAAACGUGCCGACCUGCCCGACCUCAUCUCCAGUGCUCUGACCUUUACACCAGAGACGCCCGUCACCGAACUGCGUCCCAGGAAGGUGCUGCUGCUGGGCUCGGGCGGCCUCUCGAUCGGCCAGGCCGGUGAGUUUGAUUACUCCGGGAGCCAGGCCAUCAAGGCGCUCAAAGAAGAGGAGGUACAGGUGGUACUUAUCAACCCCAACAUCGCCACCGUGCAGACGUCCCGCGGCAUGGCCGAUAAGGUCUACCUGCUGCCGAUCACGCCCGAGUAUGUGGAACAGGUAAUCCGCGCCGAACAUCCGGACGGCAUUCUCCUGACGUUCGGCGGACAGACAGCCCUGAACUGUGGCGUGGCACUCGAUCGGGCCGGAGUGCUCACCAAGUACGGCGUCAGAGUGCUCGGGACGCCGAUCCGCUCCAUUAUGGAGACGGAGGACAGAAAGGCGUUCGCAGCCAAAGUGGAACAGAUAGGAGAGAGGGUGGCGCCCUCUGCCUGCGCCGAGACCGUUCAGCAGGCGCUGGAUGCCGCCGCUGUUCUCGGCUACCCCGUGAUGGCGCGGGCCGCCUUCGCCCUCGGAGGGCUCGGCUCAGGGUUCGCCAGCAACCCGGAGGGACUGCGAGCCCUGGUAACCACGGCGCUGGCAAGAUCACCGCAGGUCAUCAUAGACAAGUCGCUGAAGGGCUGGAAGGAGGUGGAAUAUGAGGUGGUCAGAGAUGCCUACGACAACUGUGUUACCGUCUGCAACAUGGAGAACGUGGACCCCCUGGGCAUCCACACGGGCGAAUCCAUAGUGGUGGCUCCCAGCCAAACGCUGUCCGACCGCGAGUACAACAAGCUGCGCACCACGGCUCUGAAAGUGAUCCGCCACCUGGGAGUGGUGGGCGAGUGUAACAUCCAGUACGCACUCAGUCCGGACUCGGAACAGUACUACAUCAUUGAGGUGAACGCGCGGCUCUCUCGGUCCUCUGCUCUGGCCUCCAAGGCUACCGGCUACCCGCUGGCUUACGUCGCCGCCAAGCUGGCGCUCAGCAAACCGCUGCCCGAUCUGUACAACUCUGUCACUGGCAAGACGACGGCCUGCUUUGAGCCCAGCCUGGACUACUGCGUGGUCAAGAUGCCACGCUGGGAUCUCGGCAAGUUUACCCGAGUCAGCACUAAGAUCGGCAGCUCAAUGAAGUCGGUUGGCGAGGUGAUGGCCCUCGGCCGCGGUUUUGAGGAGGCCUUCCAGAAGGCGUUCAGGAUGGUGGACAACGCCGUGAGCGGCUUCGAUCCGGACGUCCAGCCGCCCUCUGACGAGGAGCUGGCGCAGCCCACCGACAAGCGAAUGUUUGUCCUGGCUGCUGCUCUGAAGGUCGGUUACACCAUAGACCGCCUCUACGAACUGACCCGUAUCGACAAGUGGUUCCUUCACAAGAUGAAAAACAUUAUCGAGCACACGGCUCGGCUGUCUGCCCACGAGAGGCUCAGUGCGGAGAACCUGCUGCUGGCCAAACAGCUCGGCUUCUCCGACGCCCAGGUGGCGCACUACGUGGGCAUCACCGAACAGGUCGUCUCCAAGAUGAGGAGGAAACUCGGCAUGCACCCGCACGUGAAGCAGGUGGACACAGUGGCAGCCGAGUGGCCGGCUACCACCAACUACCUCUACCUGACCUACAACGGCGGCUCGCACGACGUCGACUUCCCAGGCGGCGCCACCGUCGUCCUCGGCUCGGGUGUGUACCGGAUCGGCAGCAGCGUCGAGUUUGACUGGUGCGCCGUCGGCUGUCUCCGCGAGCUGAGGAAGCUCGGCAGGUCGACCGUCAUGGUCAACUGCAACCCAGAGACGGUCAGCACCGACUACGACAUGUGCGACCGACUCUACUUUGACGAACUGUCGGCGGAGGUCGUUAUGGACAUUUACCGCCUGGAGAGUCCCGAGGGCAUCAUUAUCAGCAUGGGCGGCCAGCUGCCCAACAACAUGGCGAUGCAGCUUCACCGACAGAACGCCCGAGUGCUGGGCAGCUCACCGGAGUCGGUGGACGGCGCCGAGAACCGCUUCAAGUUCUCCCGCAUGCUGGACCGCAUCGGCAUACAGCAGCCGAGAUGGAAGGAGCUGACGGACAUUGACUCGGCUCGCCGGUUCUGUGAGGAGGUGGGCUACCCGUGCCUGGUGCGGCCCUCGUACGUGCUGAGCGGAGCGGCCAUGAACGUGGCUCACUCACACACCGAUCUGGAGGUGUACCUGCGCGAGGCAGCUACUGUCAGCAAGGAGCACCCAGUCGUCAUCUCAAAGUUCAUCCUCGAAGCCAAGGAGAUUGACGUGGACGGCGUGGCGCGGGACGGCGAGCUUCUCUGUCUGGCUGUCAGCGAGCACGUCGAGAACGCUGGCGUUCACUCCGGAGACGCCACCCUGGUCACCCCACCGCAGGAUCUGAACGCCGCCACUCUGUCCUCCAUCCGGGAGAUAUUCUCGUCGAUCGCACGCGAGCUGGAGGUCACUGGUCCGUUCAAUAUGCAACUCAUCGCAAAGGACAACCUUCUGAAGGUGAUCGAGUGCAACGUGCGCGUGUCUCGUUCGUUCCCGUUCGUCUCCAAGACGCUGGACCACGACUUUAUCGCCAUGGCGACUCGUGUGAUGGUGGGCGCGCCCGUCGAGCCGGUGGAUGUCCUCAGCGGCGCCGGAGGCAGAGUGGGAGUCAAGGUGGCCCAGUUCUCCUUCUCCAGACUGGCUGGAGCUGACGUUCGUCUCGGUGUGGAGAUGGCCUCCACUGGCGAGGUAGCCUGCUUCGGCGAGAACCGGCACGAGGCCUACCUCAAGGCCAUGCUCAGCACCGGCUUCCGCAUGCCCAGGAAGGGCAUCCUGCUCAGCAUCGGCACUUUCAAGCACAAGAGCGAGUUCCUGUCGAGCGCUAAGAUUCUGCACCAGCUCAACUACAAACUGUUUGCCAGCAUCGGCACUGCAGAUUUCUACACGGAACACGGCAUCCCGGUCGAGACGGUGGAAUGGGCGUACGAAAACAUCGCCGAGCAGGGUGCCACCGACAAGGAGCUCAACAGCAUGGCCGACUACCUGUCCCGCCAGCAGCUCGAUCUGGUCAUCAACCUUCCGAUGCGCAGCGGCGGGGCGCGGCGCGUCAGCUCGUUCCAGACGCAGGGCUACCGCACCCGGCGCAUGGCGGUCGACUACGGCGUCUGCCUGGUCACCGAUGUCAAGUGCGCCAAACUGCUGGUCGAGGCUCUACACCGACUGGGUGGCAAGGCCCCGGUGAUCAACACGGGUAUCGACUGUAUCUCGUCGCGUCGCAUCGUUCGGCUGCCGGGCAUGAUCGACGUUCACGUGCAUCUGCGGGACCCCGGUCAGACGCACAAGGAGGACUUUGCGUCGGGAACGGCGGCGGCGCUGGCUGGCGGUGUCACCAUGGUGAUGGCUAUGCCCAACACGAAGCCGGCCAUCAUCGACAGGGACAGCUUCCAGAUGGCCAAGGAGUGCGCGGCGCGCGGCGCCCGCUGCGACUACGCCCUGUUCGUGGGCGCCUCUCUGGACAACUACAGACAGCUGGCUGAGCUGGGACCGCGUGCCGCCGCGCUCAAGAUGUACCUGAACGACACGUUCUCUGACCUGAGGCUGGACGAUCUGACCGUGUGGACCCAGCACAUGGAACAUUGGCCGCGACAUCUACCACUGUGCGUCCACGCAGAAGGCCAGACAAUGGCAGCCGCCAUGAUGGUCGCGGCGCUCGCCAACCGACCAAUCCACAUCUGCCACGUGGCCAAAAAGGAGGAGAUUCUGCUCAUCAAGGCCGCCAAACAGAAGGGUUUCCCAGUGACAUGCGAGGUGUCGCCGCACCAUCUGUUCCUCACGUCCAGCGAGCUGGACCGGCUGGGCGCCAUGGGUCAGGUCAAACCGCCUCUGAUGGUCGAGGACGACCAGCGAGCACUCUGGGACAAUAUGGCCGUCAUCGACUGCUUCGCUACAGACCAUGCGCCCCACACGGUGGCCGAAAAGCGGUCGGAGAAGCCGCCGCCGGGCUUCCCGGGCCUGGAGACGAUGUUGCCGCUGCUGCUUACUGCAGUCAACCAGGGACGACUCACAAUGCAGGACCUAGAGGACAAGCUGCACCACAACCCUCGGCGCAUCUUCAAGCUGCCAGAGCAGCCCAACACCUACAUCGAAGUAGACAUGGACGAGACCUACUCGAUUCCAGAAGCUCCCGCGCACAGUAAGGCCAUGUGGACUCCGUUCGCCGGCCGCGCGGUGGCCGGUGCCGUCAAGCGGGUGGUGCUCCGAGGUGAGGUGGCCAUGGUGGAUGGACGUGUGCUGGCCACGCCGGGCUCAGGACGAGACGUGCGGGAGCUGCAGCCGCUGCUGCCGCCGCCGCCGGCCGUCCAGCCGGAGACCGUGGUGAUGCCGUGGACGGAGGAGCGCGAUUGGCACGUGCCGGCCGCCGCCGCCGCCACCGCCACCGCCGGCAGGACAGACGAUCGACUUACUGCAGCCGCCGAGAGUCUGGGUAUCCACGCUCUGGAGCGUCCCGCGCUGGCGUCCACCCCUCCCAGUCGUCCGCGGGCCGGUACGGCCGGCGGCUCGAGGCAGCGCGCGCCGUCGCCGCGUCCCCCGCCGACCAGCCACGCCGCGCCCUCAGCAGCACAGCUGAGCCACGUACUGACAGCGGAGAACUUCAGUCGAGACGCGCUCUACCGGAUCUUCUACCUGGCUGGGACGUACCGUACCAGUGUGGCCAAAGACAGGCCGCUCGAUCAUGUGCUCAAGGGUAAGGUGAUGGCGCUCAUGUUCUAUGAGGCGUCCACCCGCACCUCCUGCAGCUUCGACAGCGCCAUGCAGCGUCUCGGAGGGCGCGUGCUACACUUCAACGAGAGCACCUCCUCCGUCAAAAAGGGCGAGACUCUGGAAGAUUCUGUGCGCACUAUGGCCGGCUACAGUGACGUCAUCGUGUUACGUCACCCGUCGCCGACGGCGGCCGGCCGGGCGGCGGAGGUCAGCCCUCGGCCAGUCAUCAACGCCGGCAGCGGCACGGGCGAGCACCCGACCCAGGCACUGCUGGACCUGUUCACCAUCCGAGAGGAGAUCGGCACCGUCAACGGACUCACCAUCACCAUGGUGGGUGACCUGAAGAACGGGCGCACCGUGCACUCGCUGGCGCGCCUGCUGACCCUCUAUAAGGUGCACCUGAAGUACGUCUGUCCUCCGGGACUGGAGAUGCCUCAGGAGGUGGUUGACUUUGUGGCCGCCCAGGCGGUGAAACAGACCCACUGUACCUCCCUGGAGGAGGCGCUGCCCGACUCCGACGUCAUCUACAUGACGCGCGUGCAGCGGGAGCGUUUCGCCGACACGGCCGAGUACGAGCGGUGCGCCGGGCGUCUGGUGCUCACCCCUCAACUGAUGACACUGGCUGGCCCGCGUACGGUGGUGCUGCACCCUCUACCUCGUGUGGAUGAGGUGAGCACUGAGCUGGACGGUGAUCCGCGCGCCGCGUACUUCCGACAGGCCGAGUAUGGUAUGUAUGUGCGCAUGGCGCUACUCACCACGGUACUCGGCCGGGCUUAACAGUGGUUAGAGCGACAUAUAUAGCGGUAGUGUGGAUAGAACAGAGAUCUGGGUGUGAGAAUGAUGUGAGCGUGUGAGAGCUGUGUAGUGUUUGCUCGUCUUGGUAGAAGCUAAGAUAAAUCAAGGGGCGACACCAAUAAUUAUGGAGAUGCCAGUGUUUUUUGAAGAUUUUUCGUGGCUAGACGUGGAGUCGAAUUGUAUUCUGAAAAGUGUUGAAUGAAUUGUGCCUUACUUGGAUGACUUAGUAACCACUGAGGGCAUUUUGUUUCCACUACCUAUACCAACCUGUAGGGAUAAGGUGGCGUACACAUUCCGUUGGCAUUUACCGAGUGAACUAACUCCGUAAAGUUACUGGGGUGGAUACCUAAUACGAUAUUUGUUACAAUGGUGUCGGCAUUGGGGUUUAUAAAUAUACGCUAAAAAGAU